AUGAACUAUCUUAUUAUUUUUCUCUUCUGCAUAAUUACACCAUUAUCAGUUGGAAAAUCAAUAGAAGCUCCUGUAUGUGGUCCAUUAUGUGCAAUCUAUUGUCCAUUUGGUAAUGUAAUGGAUGAAAACGGAUGUCCAACAUGUGUAUGUAAGAGAACUCCAUGUGAAGAUAAUCAACCACCAUUGGCUGGCUACAAUUGUGGAAGAAGUCCCGAUCAUCGGCCAUGUCCAUCAACACAUUAUUGCAAUAUUGCACCCAAUGAUGCGUAUGCGGUUUGUUGCCCUCGCCGCUAA